AUUCCAUUUGGGCACGCCUCCGCGUCCGCCGGUCUUGCCUGUAUGAUUCAGAAACGCACCGUCAAACUCAUUGAAAAGUAGUGGUCUGUGUGCGCUGUGUAUCACUUUUGUCUCUUAUUAUUUACACCCAGGCUCGUUCGAGCUGCUUAAAAACAAAACUUUGUCCUCCGUGAAGCACUCGCCGAGAGGACCACUUAUCAAACGAAGCUCAUAGAAGUCUGGGAAAAUGACCGAGGCAGAUGUGAAUCCCAAAGCCUACCCACUGGCUGAUGCGACGUUGAGCAAAACUAUCCUGGAUCUUGUGCAACAAGCAUCUAACUACAAGCAGCUGCGCAAGGGUGCCAAUGAAGCCACCAAAACUCUGAACCGAGGGAUCUCAGAGUUCAUCGUGAUGGCAGCAGAUGCGGAACCCCUGGAGAUCAUCCUCCAUCUGCCACUGCUGUGUGAGGACAAGAACGUCCCGUAUGUGUUUGUGCGCUCCAAGCAAGCUCUGGGUCGGGCCUGCGGCGUGUCCCGACCAGUCAUUGCGACAUCGGUCACAAUUAAAGAAGGCUCGCAGCUCAAGCCACAGAUUCAGACUGUGCAGAUGUCCAUUGAGAGACUGCUGGUUUAAAAUGUCAUUUUAUGUUUUGAAUUAUUGUGCCAUUUUUAGUUAUCUCUUAACCGUGGACCUACGAGGCAACACAGUUCAAAAAUAUCAGUGUACUCAGCUGCGUGGCAGAGCAUUUCACCAGUCAUUUAAAGUUAAGGCUGUGUUUGUCUGUGACCAGAUUUUUUCUUAAAGCUAUUUUUGUUUCUCAUUUACUGUGCUGAGAGAGCUUGGCUAACAGAAAUUGUUACACUGUGUGUACUGACUUGACGAAUGUGUAAUUUCAUGUACACCUAAAUCAUGAAAUUCAUUAAAUGAUUUUCCAAAAUA